UGAUCUGAAAAUUCCGGUGUCUUCCGCCGCCUCCCCCAACGGUCAAGCAACGUUCUAGAGUCCUGGCUGCUGCCGUGCUUCCCGUGAUGGCCGACACGGGUGGUCACGAACGGUCCCCGCCACCUCAGCUGUGCCUUCCCAAGCCCGAGGAGGAUGCCUCACCAUCUUCGACCCUCGCAUCGACGCCUCCUGCGAGCCCAUCCCCAUACCUGAAGGCUGAGGCGCCGCUGUGGGGUGCUGACGCCCGAGAAUCACAGCUUUUGGACGCACAGGCGAGGGCAAAGGUCAAGGUCAGUGGGGGAGAAAGAAAUGGGGUGUGAAAUGUCCCAGUUCGGCCGUCUGUGUGGUGUGUGGGUCACCCAGAUACUGCAGCGCAGCCCUGAUGACGGCAUUGACGACCCCGAGCGCCACCUCGUCCGUCAGAUAGUCGAGUCGGAGGACCUGGACGACCCCUUCGUCCUUGUCGACCUCCAGAAGGUGAGAGUGGAAGGGCUGGCGCCGGGAAACAAUGGUCGGCAGACACGUGAUCAUAUGUGCGGCUCGUUGCUGUCAGGUCAUUGAGCAGUUCAAGCGUUGGCGCAGGCUUUUGCCUCGCGUCACGCCCUUCUACGCCGUAAGCCUUUCGUCGCGACAAUGACGCUCGCUGACUCUUUGGUGUCUCCAGGUCAAGUGCAACCCUGAUCCUGUCAUCAUUCAGCUGAUCGCCUCACUCGGAGGCUGCUUUGACUGCGCUUCGAAGGGAGAGAUCAAACAGGUCGGCAGACGGACGAAUUCCUUGGCCUUGUGGUCUGCGAGUAUCCUCAUUUGUGUGUUGUGCAGGUUUUGGAUCUCGGCGUCCCCCCCACGCAGAUCGUCUACUCGAAUCCAUGCAAGCAGGUUUCCCACCUCAAGUUUGCCCGCGACCAGGGAGUGGCACUCACGGUCUUCGACAACAAAGACGAGCUCCACAAGAUCAAGGUCCAUGCGUCCCUUGAAAACGAAUACCUCCACAGCACACACAUGUCCCUCCCUGCCUUGGCCGCGCAGGCGCACCAUCCUGACGCCGAGCUGAUGCUGCGCAUCUGGACAGAUGACAGCAUGCUGUCGGAGACGGGUGCAUUGUCAGUCAAGUUCGGUGCCCUGCCCGACACGUGGGGUGCACUGCUGGACAUUGCCAAAGGCCUCCAGCUCAGUGUGGUACACACGACAGCUCAGCUAACACAUCAAUCUGCCUGCCGCAGCCCUCUUUUUUCUGCCUUUUGGAGUCUUGCAGGUGGGUGUGCACUUCCACGUGGGUUCUGGGUGUCGUCAUGCGGGCGCCUUCACCGAGGCCCUCAACAAUGCUCACCGUGUAUUCGACUUGGCUGAGAAGCGGGGUUUCACCUUCAAGUACCUCGACAUCGGUGGGGGCUUCCCGGGGGAGAUGCCCGGCAGCACGAGGCAUGAGGGAAUGCCGCAGUUUGAGGACCUCGCGGCAGAGAUCACACCUUUGUUGACCGAUCUCUUCCCCAAAGAGGUGAAUACACGCUGUCCAUAGAUGUGACACAAGCCAUGUCUCCCUGUCUGCCGUGUGUGUUCUGCGCAGAUUGCCGUAUUGGGCGAGCCGGGUCGUUACUUCGCCACUGCGUGUCAGACGCUGGCCGUCAAGGUGUUCGCCAAGCGGGCGCCGGUGCGGCGAAAGAGUCUCAGCGCCGUCAUCCGUCUGAGCGAGACACAGAAUGACCAGGAUGCGACGCGGUUCAUCUACUACCUGAAUGAGGGCUUCUACGGGGCCUUCAACUGCAUCAAAAACGACAACCAUGAAGCCACGCCCGAGCUGCUCAAGUGGGGCAAGAGACACGGCCAGAAUCCAUCUCUCUGUGUGUCUUCGUCUGUCUGUCUGUCUGUUUGUGUGUGCAGUCCGCGUGACGAGGAGACGACGACCAAGUACGAUUCCCUGGUGUUUGGCCCGACGUGUGAUGGCAUCGACAUCAUCCUCAAGGAAUACCCACUGCCCGAAUUAAAGGUACUUCCAACCAACAUGACGUUCCUCUCAGCUGUCGCCACACAAAGGCGUGUCUUUCUGUGUUUUGCCUGCAGGUCGGUGAGUGGCUGUUGUUUCGUGACAUGGGGGCGUACACGACGUCUAGCUCAUGCAACUUCAACGGGUUCGCCAAGGCCCUCUCGCGCUACUGCCGCAUCAUACCGCCCCCCUCGCCACACAGAAGACACACGCCCUCAAGAGUCGUCUGACAUGAUCCGCCAUUUCACUAUGUGUGUCUGUCUGUGCAUGUAUCACCUGGUUUCUGCAGUGACGUGAUGUGCUAGAUGUGUGUUGGAUGGGAGUGAGUAUCUGUCUGUCUCUGAUGGAUCGAUCACGGGACUUUGCUGUGGGAUUCUGCAUGUGGGAUCAUUUGGUGUGUGGGAACCCCCCUGUUUCCCU